AUGUCAACAAAUCUAUCAGAUGAACAAAAAAAACGAAUAGAAGAAAAUAGACAAAAAAAUCUAGCGAGAUUAAAACGAAAUAGAACUUCAAAAGAUGAUCAAAAUGGAUCACCAAAUUUAUUAAAACGAAAAAUAACAAAAACUUUUGAAACAACUGACAAAACAUCCCCAAAACGAUCUAUAAAUCAAGUAAUCACACCUGAAGAAACAUCAUAUAAAUCUAAAUUUAUACAAUUUAAUGAAGAUAAUUCAAUAAAAAGAUCAAAAACUCAAGAAGAAAGAAAUAAAGUUGAACAAAAUAGAUUAAGAGCAAUAGAAAUUCAACAAAAUAAAUUACGUGAAAAAGAAAAACAAUCAUCAACAGCAACUGCAUCUGCAGCUAGCUCAAAUAUUUAUAAUGAUCCUAAUGUUAAACCUCAACAAACUACUUCCCUUGAAGAUAUUAGAUUAAAUAAAAAUCAUUCAGAUUUUAUAUUUGAUUCAAAAAAGGGGAAAUUUCAACCACCACCAAUCAAAAAAAAAGAUUAUAUAGAAUUUGAUUUUGCAACAAUGCAAGAUUCAAAAGGAGGAUUUAUAAAUGAUGAAACUAAACCAAGACAUGAUGAAGAAACAUUAAAUGAAUGGAAAGAAAAACAAAAAAAAUUAGAACAAUUAAAACAAUCAGCUCCUCCACUAGAUAUUAAUCAAGCCCCCAAAUGUUAUGAAUGUGAAUCAUUAGAUAUUGAUUUAAAUUUAUUUACAAAUUUUAAUAAAGUUAGAGCAUGUAGAAAAUGUAUAAAAUCCAAACCUGAAAAAUAUUCAUUAUUAGUUAAAACAGAAUGUAAAGAAGAUUAUUUAUUAACUGAACCUGAAUUACAAGAUCUUAGUAUAUUACCAAGAAUUGAAAAACCAAAUCCUCAUGGAUAUAGUAAAAUGCAAUUAUUUUUGAGAUUUCAAGUUGAAGAAUUUGCAUUUAAGAAAUGGGGAUCAUCAGAAGGAUUAGAUUUAGAAUGGGAAAGAAGAGAACAAAACAAAUUAAAGAGGAAAGAAAAAAAAUAUCAAGAAUCUUUACAAGAAAUGAGAAAAAAAACAAGAGCUGAAGAAUUUACAAGAAAAUUAAGAGAUGGUAAACUGUUAAAUUAUAAACAUUUACAUGAUUGGAGUGCUCCUUUAAAAAUUGAUGAUCAUACUAUAAAGAAAAGAUGUAUUGAUUGUGGAAUUGAAAUUGAAGAAGUUAUAAUUUGA